GUUCUACUCGUUUCUUCCGGGAGCUGCGUACAUGCUUGGGUUUUCCCAAAGGCAACAGUGUGGUCCCUCUCACCAGGCAACACUGGUUAUGGCCUUGACAUCUCCAAGAACCUGUGAUGUGGUCUUCAAGCUACCUGAGCUUACAAUUUACGACAGAGCCAUCAGGCUUCCCCUGCCAUUCCCUUCAAGACCAAGUGCACUGGUUUCAGCACUGCCGUCCCAUGACCGGAACGUCUUUUUGCAAGCAACGCUUUCAAUCAUUGACAGCUUUAAAGCUCGUUGUUCAGUUUUCCAAAAUAGGAUCACAACCUUCAAUAGAGUUGAAUUUAACUAUUCAAUGCCUGCAAAUUGCUACCAUGUCGUCGUGCAGGACUGUAGUCCAGAACUGAAAUUCCUGGUGAUGAUGAAAAGACUUGAAGAGUCUGCUGACCUUACAGCAAUAAAUGUCAGACUCGCCAGCCAUCAGGUGGACAUGUAUGUUUCCCAUGGACUCAUCCAGUUGAAGAUUAAUGGUGUUCAAGUCUCAACAGAUGUUCCAUACACAUCUAAUUCUGUUUCAAGCAUGCUGAUCAGCAGCGAAAAAGAAGGCCUGUUGCUAAAAGCCUCGGAUUAUGGCAUAGAUCAACUAUACUACGAUGGGCACAGACUUGAGAUUCAAGUUGCUUUCUGGAUGGCUGGAAAAACAUGUGGUAUUUGUGGAAAAUACGAUGCUGAGAAGGAAAGGGAAUAUCAAAUGCCCAGUGGAUAUUUAGCUAAAGAUGCAGUGAGUUUUGGACAGUCCUGGAUCAUCUCAGAAGACCCCUGUGCUGGAGCUUGUAAGCUGCAGCGCAAAUUUGUCAAAAUUGAGAAGCCCGUUGCAUUUGAGAAGAAGGCUGCAAAAUGCUUCUCUGUGGAGCCAGUUCUACACUGCGUAGAAGGCUGUUCAGCAACCAGGACUGUUCCUGUCUCUGUGGGCUUCCACUGUGCGCCAGCCGACUCUGCUGUCAACCUGGAAGGGCAGAUCAGGGUAGACCAGAAAUCCGAGGACGUUGUGAGCACGGUCGCCGCUCACACGGCGUGUUCCUGCCAACAGCAGUCGUGCCCGGCGUGA